AUGGCCUGGCCACUGCCCUCUGCUGCCCGGCCGCUGCGCAGGUUAAGGUUCGCUCUCUCUCUUGUUCCCCCUCCCCUUCCCUCGCCGACGCCGGGGACGGACGUCGAUGUAGGCUUGUUGGCUCUGUCUGAAGCAAGGGAUAGUUUUGGGCAUCCUGAUGAAGAUGAUUGGGACAAUGCAAAGAAGAUGGCACAAUUUCUACAACAUUUCCAUGACCUUACUGUUCGUAUCUCUUCUUCUCUCCAAGUCACUUGCAACACUUUCUUUCAUGAGAUUGGAGAAGUCCAUCUGUUGAUUCAAGAAUGGCUGAACAGUGAAGAUAAUUUGCAAGUAUCAAUGGGGAUGAGAAUGAAAGAGAAAUUUGAUAAAUACUGGGGACUUUAG